CAGACUACUGUCCAGUAUGACUCAUAUUAUACAGUAACACUGUAUGAACUACUCACUUGGUACAAUAGCACCAUUAAAUUAUUCAAACUAUUCAUUUCAUAUUUUACCGGCUAUAAUCGGUAAACUCAUUUUCCAUCUACUGACGGCUACGACAAAUAAAAAUGGCAACUUUGGACUUGGAUGAAGAAUUACUCAAAGAUGAAGAGUUAGUUGCGAAUAUUAAAAAUUUGGACCAUUCAAUUGUAGAUAUUGAAGCAUUACUUGAAUCACGAAUGAAUGUAGACUACAACUCUCUGUCAAUGGAAGAUAAAAUUAAGCAUGAUCUACUAAUUGCCUUUACAUUGAAUAGUUUGUAUUGGGUUUACCUACGAUUGGGUGGUAUUGAUCCAACUACUCACAGUAUAAAACGAGAAUUAGAUCGUAUAAAAUCAACUAUGGAUAUGGCUAAAGGUGCUAUGGCUAAAAAAAAUAUGCUAAGAGUUGAUAAAAAAGCCGCUGAAAGGUUUAUCGAUAAUGCUCUUUGGACACCAGAAGACAAGAAACGUAGGUCACAGAAUAUGGAAAAACCUAAUAAAAAAAUAAAAUUUGAUGAAAAUGGUGACCCAUCAAAAUGAAAUUAUUUUAAAUAAAUAUUUUUUUAUUAUCUUCACACAAAUAUAUUAUAUUAUUAUAUUGUAAAUUUACAAUAAACUAUGGUAUUAAACUGUAUGUAAA